CUCCAUCUCAUUUUCUUUUUCUUUAUUCUUCUUCUUCUUCUUCUUUUUACUCCAGCAUUCGAAGAAGAUGUCUUCGUCACCUAUUCGUGUGCCUUCAAACACACAUCCUUCCCGACUGCCACCCAACUAUGGAUCACUUUACCCCGCAUCUAGCGACCAGCACAACCACCAGCAAGAUCACUAUGUCUCUGAUGCAUCUCCGCGGUCUUUUCGCGACGCUGUGGAAUCGUUUGCUGGAUCAUACUCCCGGGCCUCGAUCUUGUACGUUGCCGAGAACCUGAAUGCUCCAGCAGGAAGCAUUCACGAAGACACUCUGUCUUCAGAACAUCGAGCCAUGGACGAAGAAGAACGAGGCCGGAUGAGCGAAGACUCCAAGUAUUCAAGACCUCCCAUCUUUGACGAAGCAUCCUUGAACCGAACCUUAUCACAGCGUACUGCCGCAGGCAACAAUUAUCAUUUGUUUCCUUCGUUAUCACGCCACACGACCGUGGCUUCUGUUCUUUCCCAGCAGAUCUUGCAACACUACGAAGAUACCGGUGGUGCAGCACAAGGCAGCACCGGUGCUCCCUUGAAAUCGACAUUCUUGCAAUCCGUCUUUAACGCAGUCAACGUCUUGAUUGGUAUUGGCAUCUUGGCUCUUCCUCUAGCAUUUCGAUGCGGCGGCUGGCUGUUUGGCUCGUUGAUCUUUUUUUUCUGCGCUGCGGGCACCAAUUACACCGCCAAAAUCAUUGUCCGCUGCUUGGAUGCUUCAAGUGGCGCUGCCACCUAUGGCGACAUGGGUGCUGCUGCUUUCAAUGAAAGUGGCCGCACGCUCGUCAGCGGGUUCUUUAUUGUCGAGCUCAUGACGAUCGGCAUUGCCAUGGUCGUGUUGCUCGGCGACGGUAUCCAGUCGUUCUGGCCCAAUGUUGAUCUGGUCACCGUCCGCAUCUUUUCGUUCUGUGCCUUGACGCCUACCAUGUUUCUGCCUAUGCGCAAGUUGGCAUUGACAAGCUUGGUUGGUAUCCUCGCAUGCAUCUGUCUUUUGGUCACGGUGCUGUUUGAUGGUUUCUCGAAAAAGACACAGCCGGGUAGUCUGCUGGAACCUAUGGAAACAGAAAUAGUUCCUUCAGAUUGGUACAACGUGCCACUUGCGUUUGGUCUUGUGAUGGCAGGCUUUUCGGGGCAUGCCGUGUUUCCAUCCAUCUACCGCGACAUGGACGAUCCAAAACAGUAUGAACGCAUGGUUGACAUUGCAUACCUGGUCACUGCUGGUGCCUAUAUCACUAUGGCCGUGGCAGGCUACCUGAUGUUUGGCCUGGAAACAAUGCAGGAGAUAACACAAAACCUGGCCAACACUCCAGGUUAUUACAAGAUCGUAACCCAGUUUGGCAUCGGAUUGAUGGUUUUAACCCCUCUUGCGAAAUACGGAUUGAUGUUGAAUCCAGUCAAUUUGAGUUUGGAGUUAUCCUUAUUGACCAAGUUUGAAGAUUGGAUUCGGUUUCAUGCUUGGCGAAAGCAUCUCAUCACGGCCUCGAUUCGGAUCAUUGUCAGCCUUGUGAUUGUCUAUACUGCCACCGUCUUUCCUGGUUUCGACCGUGUGGUGUCACUCUUGGGUGCCUUGUUCAGUUUCGGCAUUUCUGCUAUAUUCCCUUUGCUUUGUUACCGCCGACUCUUUGCAGAUUCUAUCACUUGGAAGGAGUCCAUACUGAAUAACUUGAUUUUGCUUAUAUCCACAUUUAUGGCUGUCCUCGGUACCAUUUGGAGCUUUCUACCCAAUAAUAUAUGAACAGCUUACAUUUUACAUAAUAUAUAUGAUGCAACAGCAGCGCAGAUUACACACACAUACACACACACACACACACACACACGAGCACAUACCACUAUAACUCAUCACAUCACUGAAGCCAUCAUCGUCUUUA